AUGUCAUUCUUUGAUUCCUUGCGUCAAAAGGCCCCAUUUUUAGACAAGCUGGCCGACACUUUUACUCCAACUUUAACCAGGGAUGAGAAAUUCAGAUUGAAGUACAAGCUACCAGCUAAUGAGAACAUUUUAGAUGAUACAAAUGCUGAAGUUACAUUCGCAACCCCCAACGGCAAUGGCAAUGAUCAUUCGGAUAUGACCAAUAAAGGGAGAAAAACAGCCUAUGUAUUCUCUGGAAGAUUGUUUUUGACGCCUCACUUCCUGGUGUUUCGGGAUGCAUUCGAUCAUUCGUCAUGCGUACUGAUCCUGAAUAUCUCUACUAUUAAACGAGUGGAGAGAUCGCCAUCCGAAUCGUAUGAAUUUGCUCUUUUAGUGACCUUAUACUCGGGAGCAAAAGUGUUGAUCCAAUUUAUUGGUAUACGUUAUAGGUCAGAGCAGUUUUGUAAUAAAUUGAAAUUGAAUUUGAAACAGAACAUCCCUAAUGCCAAAGCUUUAACGGCGUUCCUAGAAACUUCUUAUUCUGAGUUUUUAAUUGCUAAGAAUAUACUGGGGAAAAAGGACAUAGCUGUACCUAGGGCAGGUCUUGGUCAACAUUUUAAAUAUCCAGGAAAUCCCACUAUGGCCAAGGAGAAGGCCAAGUUAAGAUUGUGGUUCGAUUAUUUCAGACAAAAUGGAAGAAACUUGGCUGUUGUUCAAACUCCUAUGUUCAGGAAAUUGAUUAGAAUCGGUGUACCAAACCGAAUGAGAGGUGAAAUUUGGGAGUUAUGUUCAGGUGCAAUGUAUCUUCGUUAUGCUAAUGUUGGGGAAUAUGAAAAAAUUCUAAAUGAUAACGCUGGUAAGACUUCACAAGCUAUCGAUGAAAUUGAAAAGGACUUAAAAAGAUCAUUACCAGAAUAUUCAGCAUACCAAACUGAAGAAGGUAUUCAAAGGUUGAGGAAUGUUUUGACAGCCUAUUCAUGGAAGAAUCCUGAUGUAGGAUACUGCCAGGCAAUGAACAUAGUUGUUGCAGGGUUUUUAAUCUUCAUGUCUGAAGAACAAGCGUUUUGGUGCUUAUGUAACCUUUGUGACAUUUACGUUCCAGGGUAUUAUUCAAAGACGAUGUACGGCACGUUGUUGGACCAACGGGUGUUUGAAUCCUUUGUUGAAGACCGAAUGCCAGUUCUCUGGGAAUAUAUUGUCCAACAUGAUAUCCAAAUAUCUGUCGUAUCCUUACCUUGGUUUUUGUCCCUAUUUUUCACCUCAAUGCCUCUAGAGUAUGCUGUUAGGAUAAUGGAUAUUUUUUUCAUGAAUGGGUCCAUUACACUAUUUCAAGUGGCAUUGGCUGUUUUGAAAAUAAACGCAGACGACAUUUUACAAGCUGAUGAUGACGGGAUGUUUAUCGCCAUCAUUAAGCACUAUUUUCAAACUCUGGGCCAAAGUGCACAUCCAGAUUCAAGCGAUAUAAAAUACAGGCAAAUCACGAAAUUCCAAGAAUUGCUAGUAACAGCAUUCAAAGAGUUCAGUGUCAUCACCGAAGAAAUGGCAAUGCAAGCAAGACACAGAUAUGAAAAGGGCAUAUUUCAGAAUAUUGAAACUUUUAUGAAAAGGACGCAAUUGCGUCAUAUGCCAAAGACGUUCAAUCUUUCCAGUGACAAUUUGUCCAAUAUCUAUGACAUGUUUUACCAAAGUAUAGAAACGUAUAAGAUCAGUAUGGGAACCGGAUCAUCCAAUAUGGGUUUCGAGGUAUUUAUUCAGUUCUUGAGUAAGUUCUGCGAUUCAUGUAGACCGUGUGAAAAAGAAAACGAUCCAGCUUUCCGUGAACAAAAGAGGAAUUUUUUGCAAAGAUUGUUUGACAACUGGGAUUCUGCUCGUAUUGGCGAGUUAACCUUAAACGACGUGGUAACUGGAUUGGAUAAGCUAUUAACUGUUGAUCUCUUACAAGCUAUAAACUAUUUCUUUUCUUUGUAUGAUACGGAUGGUGAUGGUGAACUGCACAGGGAAGAAGUUCUGCAGCUUUCAGAGGGGCUGCUACUGCUCACAGAACCGUGGAAGAGUGGUAGAUAUGUGGACCUGUUGACUAAAAAGUGCAUUGAGGAUGAUAUUGCCGAAAAUAUUAUCAGGGAGAAUGGCGAGGAAAUAGUUACUAUGAACCAGAUUGAGUUGCCCACAGGUGUUACUAUUGAUGAAGAAAAAUAUAAAGCCGAACAAGCAGAAAGAUAUUUGAAAGCUGCAAGCAAUUUUCUACAGAGAUCAUUUGAGUAUGCUAAGGCAGUUGAGCUUGCGGAGGAGGUUAAUUUGAUCGAUCUAUCCGACGAUGAAGACGAAGAAAGUCACGCAGCAAAACUGAAAAGAUUGGAAAGCAUAAGGGCGAACCCUGCUCUAGACCCCACGCAUCCAAAGGUCAUAGAUCUGGCAACAUUUAGAAUGAUCAUUCUGGCAGAUGAAACUUAUGAACUUUUUUUCUCCAACACGUUACGAUCAUCCAUUCACGUCGAUGAACACAUCAAUGUCAAUAACAAAAACAAAGUCCUUAGAAGUAUGUUUGAUGGCAUCUUAGCUGACGGCAAAAGAGUUGCUGAACAAGUUCGUCGCCGGGUCGAUUCCGUGGCAACUAGGAAUAGUAUCACUUCGGCAGAAAGCACGCCAACUGCCGCAGCAAGUUCGACAACUACAAAGGAAGAGAAGUACGACGAUUUGGAUGAUUUUACAUCGGACCAUCAAUCCGAGCACGAGGAACUGCUGCAAAGCUCCUGGUUUGAAGUUGACGAUGCCAACGAAACGAAUGCUAUGCAAGAAAGGCCUUUUGAACCGUUAUCAGCAAAUCCAUCGGACAAGAAGUCUAGCCUUAUUGAAUUCGAAGCAUAG